UUCAUGUGUGAACUGUGGAAAAAGUUUUAGUGAAAAAACGGCAUUAACUCAGCACAUGAGGAUUCACACUGGUGAAAAGCCGUUUUCAUGUGGGAACUGUGGAAAAAGUUUCGGUCGAAAAGAGUAUUUAACUCAGCACAUCAGGAUUCACUCUGGUGAAAAGCCGUUUUUAUGUGUGAACUGUGGAAAAAGUUUUAGUGAAAAACAGAAUUUAACUAAGCACAUGAGGAUUCACACUGGUGAAAAGCCGUUUUCAUGUGUGAACUGUGGAAAAAGAUUUAGACAUAAAUAUAGUUUAACUCUGCACAUGAGGAUUCACACUGGUGAAAAGCCGUUUUCAUGUGUGAACUGUGGAAAAAGUUUUAGUGAAAAACAGAAUUUAACUAAGCACAUGAGGAUUCACACUGGUGAAAAGCCGUUUUCAUGUGUGAACUGUGGAAAAAGUUUUAGUCAAAAACAGGAUUUAACUCAGCACAUGAUGAUUCACUCUGGUGAAAAGCCGUUUUCAUGUCCGUUUUCAUGUGUGAACUGUGGAAAAAGUUUUAGUCUAAAACAGAAAUUAACUCGGCACAUGAUGAUUCACUCUGGUGAAAAGCCGUUUUCAUGUGUGAACUGUGGAAAAAGUUUUAGUCAAAAACAGAAUUUAAGUCGGCACAUGAGGAUUCACACUGGUGAAAAGCCAUUUUCAUGUGUGAACUGUGGAAAAAGUUUUAGACAUGAACAGCAUUUAACUCAGCACAUGAGGAUUCACACUGGUGAAAAGCCGUUUUCAUGUGUGAACUGUGGAAAAAGUUUUAGUCAAAAACAGGAUUUAACUCGGCACAUGAUGAUUCACACUGGUGAAAAGCCAUUUUCAUGUGGGAACUGUGGAAAAAGUUUUAGACAUAAACUGGAUUUAACUCGGCACAUGAGGAUUCACACUGGUGAAAAGCCGUUUUCAUGUGUGAACUGUGGAAAAAGUUUUAGUCGUAAACAGCAUUUAACUAAGCACAUGAUGAUUCACACUGGUGAAAAGCCAUUUUCAUGUGUGAACUGUGGAAAAAGUUUUAGUGAAAAAUGGGCAUUAACUCAGCACAUGAUGAUUCACUCUGGUGAAAAGAUAUUUUCAUGUGGGAACUGUGGAAAAAGUUUUAGUGAAAAACGGGCAUUAACUCAGCACAUGAGGAUUCACACUGGUGAAAAGCUGUAAAAUUAUUUUCUGUACAUGUCCUAUGUUGAGGUUCACUAUAGAUUUGAUUUUGUUAAAAACUAGAAUGAAAGACUGGAGGGGUUUCAUGUCUAUAAAGCUGAAAAUUUUAGUAUUUAAAUGUGAUCAUAUGGACGUUGUGCAACCAUCCAACAAUAAUGAUAAACUGUAUGUUAUUGUACU